UUUUCUUUCUCCUUUGAUCUUUCUCCUCCUCCUCCUCCACCCAUCUCCCUCCCUCUCUUCCCCUCUGAAACAAGACUGGUCUCUCUGCCUUUUUCUCCACUUUUUCUGCAUGCGUGUGAAGGAAUUAGACGAUGUUGCUCCCUAGGAAUCAUGGUGAUGGCAGCUAGUGCAACACGACACUCAUUUAGAAGCUGGUGGGGGGUUAUGUUGUGGUGAAAAAGAAGGAAAAAAAAAAUGGCUGACGUGACGGCUACAGUCAACAGAACAGACGAUAUGAUCGUCUGUUAUUCGCCCACCAUGAUCACCACCAAUGGCAUUUGGCAGGGUGACAACCCUUUAGAUUAUUCUCUUCCUCUCUUCAUCUUGCAAUUAACUUUGGUUGUUGUUACCACUCGCCUCCUGGUUUUCAUCUUGAAGCCUCUUCGCCAGCCUCGUGUCAUCUCUGAGAUCUUGGGUGGUGUAUUGUUGGGCCCUUCGGUCCUCGGGCAAAACCUGCAUUUGGCCAACCUGAUAUUCCCCCUUCGAAGUGUGAUGGUACUAGAGACAAUGGCAAAUGUAGGGCUUCUUUAUUUCCUCUUUCUGGUUGGGGUAGAAAUGGACCUCACAGUAAUCCGGAGGACUGGAAAAAAGGCCAUUGCCAUAGCUAUUAUUGGCAUGAUCUUGCCCUUCAUCAUAGGUUGCGCAUUCUCCUUAAUUCUUCACCAUGAAGAUCGCCAAAUGAAUCGGAGCACUUUUGUGCUCUUCCUUGGGGUUGCUCUCUCCGUCACUGCAUUCCCAGUGUUAGCCCGGAUUCUCGCAGAGCUCAAACUCAUCAACACAGAGCUUGGCAGAAUGGCCAUGUCGUCUGCUCUAAUCAAUGACAUGUGUGCUUGGGUUCUCUUAGCUGUGGCCAUUGCCUUGGCCGAGAAUGAGAGUAGUUCACUGGCUUCCCUCUGGGUGAUACUAUCCAGUGUAUUCUUUGUCGUAGUUUGUAUUUUCAUUGUCAGACCAGUUAUCUCCUGGAUGAUUCGGAGAACUCCAGAGGGGGAAUCCUUCAGCGAGUUCUAUAUAUGUCUCAUUCUCACUGGGGUAAUGAUCUCUGGUUUCGUUACAGAUGCCAUUGGAACGCACUCUGUUUUUGGAGCUUUUGUCUUUGGUCUGGUUAUUCCAAAUGGACAACUUGGUGUCACUCUCAUAGAAAAGCUUGAGGACUUUGUCUCAGGGCUUCUGCUUCCUCUCUUCUUUGCCAUCAGCGGGCUUAAGACUGAUGUCACCAAAAUCCACGGAGCUCUUACAUGGGGAUUUCUAUUUCUGGUCAUCAUCCUUGCUUGUGCUGGCAAAAUUGCUGGGACUCUCAUUGUUGCUCUGUUUUAUCAGAUGCCCUUACGUGAAGGAAUUGUCCUUGGCUUGCUCAUGAACACCAAAGGCCUCGUUGAAAUGAUCGUCCUCAACGUUGGGAGGGACCAACAUGUCUUAGACGAUGAAACAUUCGCCAUCAUGGUUACAGUAGCCGUCAUUAUGACUUCCAUCAUUGCACCCAUUGUAACACAUAUUUACAAGCCGGCGAGGAAAUUCAUCCCAUACAAACGAAGAACAAUUCAGAGGUCAAAGCCCGACGGUGAGCUUAGAAUACUGGUCUGCAUCCACACCCCUCGAAAUGUCCCAACAAUCAUCAACCUCCUCGAAGCCUCCCACCCUUCCAAGAAAUCACCAAUAUGCAUCUAUGUACUCCACCUAGUAGAACUCACUGGCCGCGCAUCUGCUAUGCUUAUUGUUCACAACACUCGGAAAUCUGGCUGCCCAGCCCUCAACAGGACCCAAGCUCAAUCUGACCACAUCAUCAACGCAUUUGAGAACUACGAGCAGCAUUCCUCCUGCGUGUCCGUUCAGCCCCUGACAGCAAUUUCCCCUUACUCCACCAUGCAUGAAGAUAUCUGCAACUUGGCAGAAGACAAACGUGUAGCCUUUAUCAUCAUCCCUUUCCAUAAGCAGCAAACAGUUGAUGGAGGGAUGGAAGCCACAAACCCAGCUUUUCGAGCAGUGAACCAGAAUGUAUUAGCAAAUGCACCUUGCUCAGUCGGUAUUCUUGUUGACAGAGGCUUGAAUGGGUCCACACGCUUGGCUGCAAGUCAGGUAUCUCACCACAUUGCUGUGCUGUUCUUUGGCGGACCAGAUGAUAGAGAGGCACUGUCAUAUGCAGAGAGGAUGUCUGAACAUCCUGGGAUUAGCCUCACCGUGAUGCGGUUCAUUGCUGGGGAUGAAACGGUUGAGUCCACAGUGGAGCCUAGCAGUGAUCCAAAUGAUCCUAGGAUAUUAACAGUGAUAACAGACAGUGACAGAGAGAAACAGCUUGAUGAGGAGUAUAUAAACGACUUCAGGAUGAAGAAUUCUAAUGAUGAAUCGAUUGUUUACACAGAGAAGAUUGUUAACAAUGGAGAGGAGACAGUGGCGGCAAUAAGAUCAAUAGACAGCAUACAUGACCUGUUCAUAGUUGGGAGAGGACAAGGAAUGAUAUCACCACUCACAGCAGGGCUCACUGACUGGAGCGAGUGCCCAGAGCUCGGAGCGAUUGGGGAUAUGCUGGCCUCUUCAGAUUUUGCAUCAACAGUUUCAGUGCUGGUGGUACAACAGUAUGUUGGAGUAGGGCCACAAGAAGAUGGAUUGGGAACGCCUGACAGCCCGGCUCCACCAAUCGACCAAUAUAAUAGUCUCCUGCAGAUGAACCGGAGGCCUCCGCAGCAGAGGGGCCCGGCUAUGUACAGUCCAUAACCAUGACUUCAAAGGCUCCUAAAAUGAAACAGAGACAGAUAGCAAAAAUACAAUCUGGAAGACAAUUCUUCCUUUCUUCCUUUCCUCUGUAUAAUAUGUUCUUUUAUGGGCAGGUCAGUUGCAGCAUAUGCAUUUAUUGGUAUCUGCAGCAGUUUAGAUUUUCGUUUCUAGGUUUUCUUUUUCUUACUUUUUUUCUGAUUAAUUGAAAUAUAUCAUUAGUUUGAAAUA